AUGAGCAGGGCGCUGCAGCAAGCGGAGGAGGCUGUGAAAUUGGCCGAUGCUGCCGUGGCCGAAUGCAAGGCGGCAGAGGAGGCUGCACAGGCGGCGGGGAUAAUGACGCUUGAUGCCGUUGGGGAGGUGCUGAAGCAUGUGAAGGACGAGAAGACCAAGGUUGGAAGUGGACCGGAGCUGUUGAAGAGGGCGGCGGAGCAGACUGUGCUUUCUCUGGAGAAGGCAAAGGAGGCGGAGGCGGAGACUGAGAAGGCGGCAGCGGCGGCGCAGAAAACCCGGGAAGCAGCAGAGAAGGCAGCAGCGGCGCAGACCUUGGCACAAGAUGUUGCCGCAACGGCCAUUGCGCUGCUGCGGCAGCGGGAGAAGGAGGAGGAGAGGCGAAGAGCGAGGGACCGGGAGGAGGCGGAGGCCGCGAAGAAGGCUGCCGUUGCUGAGGUGAUGAAUAAAUUUGCUGCGAAGAAGGGGAAUGACGCAGCGCCUGGCAGGAAUUCCACAGCCACCCGCAUUCAAAGGACGAGACCACGGGUGGAUGGCGGCGGCAUUCCAUUGCUUUUGCGUGCACCGCUUCUGAUGCUUGCUGCCGUGGCAUCCGUUUUCGGCUUCUUAUCGUGCUAG